GUCGCCCUCUCAUGUUUACUCCUGCAGGAAGUUUGCCUUUACAAACUCUCGUCCGGUUUGUCGCCUACCUAAGCAGGGAGCCUGAUAAGGGGAGGGAACUAUCUGCUCACUCACCUCGAUGUGGAGUAGGCCGCCCUGCAUAUUGGUUUUUUCAAACUUUAUCUCUCUCAUUACUCUUACCUGCACCUUUGGUCACGCAGAUGUCUGCACUUUUACUCACGUGAAUCCCCGCACUUUUACUCGUGUGGAUGCCUGCACUAUGAUUACCCACGUAGAUGCCCGCAACAUCGUUCACGCGGAUACCUUCAAGCUCUACCUCGUCUUUCCAAUACCACUUUCCUCGCUUCGAAGCGUUGCUCUGCGGCUCUUACAAUUUGGCAUGAGGUUCUGCGUCACUCUCACUCCCACUACCAUGGGAAUUGCAGCUCACCUCGGUUCCCUCUUGCACAGGUUGGGGCCGCUAACGGGGCUUCUAUUUGUUUCAAUAAAGCAAACAUUUCCUUUUGUUCUCGCUACCAAUACUAAGACCGCUGCACGACAGCAAACGCAAUGUUCAGUGCAGGGCAGUCGCGAGGCACUUUUCACAUGUCCUUUGGAAUAAUAUCAAAAAAAUUUCAGGCUGUCCUCCCAUAGUGGAGUAAGGCUUACAUAGCGGGCGACUCCAGGCAGGAUAGAGGUUGGCCUUUUUCUAACCUAGUCCAUAUACACGUCAAAAAUCAUGGAUAGAUGUCACAAUAACACGGAUCGAGAGUCCCCUCCACGAGUAGCCAAGCACAAGUAAAAUCGAUCGCGAAACGGACGUAGCCCAG